AUGGCCACCUCCCCGCGCACAGUGCGCUCCCUUACACCGAGCAAUACACCAAAGAGCAUCGGCGGUUCCCCUAUCAACAAUGGCAGCUCGCCAGUUAUUAUGACUCCUGGACGAAAGAUUAAAGCUAUGCUUGCCGCAUUUGAUACCGAUUCAGAGUCGGACACUGCCGUAUCAAAACCCAGCGCUAGACCAAGUUCUGAGGGGCCACCUGCUCCAAUGGCGGAGGGAGAAGAUAGUGAAGAUGAUCAGGAUGAUGAACUACCGAUAGCCCCACGCGGUCGACUAGCUGCUAGAAUGCAUGCCAGCAUGCAUUCACAGACAUCGCCAGCAUCUGACCACAAGAACACAUCAACACAACGAGAUCAAUCAAGUGUUCUAUCCAACCAGAAAGAGAUGUCGGACCCGGAUUCCGGGUCAGAUUCAGAUGAUGGAGACAUUAUUUCAUUUAGAAGAAGAGGGGCAGCCACACGAUCCAGGGAGUCAUCUUCCCUCUCACUAAAUAAUGCCGCAAGACGGUCACCAUCACCGUUGUUUGUACCAAUGGAUUCACCAAGCCCUGUAAACAAGGCCGCUCAACCUGGUACAAAGUCACCAGUAGCCACACCACCUAUAUCCCGCCUUCAGUCUCUUGUCAAUGAGAAACGGAUGAAAUUAAAGCAGCAAGAGCAAGAGAUACUUGAUAGAGAAGGGAGGACACAGCGGGCGAUGGGGUUGAAUAGUGAGGGAGAUGGAGAAGAGGACGAGGAAGAAGACGACGAAGCGGUUAAGAGACUAACACAACAGCCACGACCUAUGAGAAAAGCAAGUAAAAAGGCGAUACUUGACAUGAACCGUGAGACACAACGAAUGGCGCGCAAUAUGCAGCUAGCACACGAGGCUACUACUAAGAAGAAAAUAACCAUCGACAGUUUCUUGGCCAGAUUCAACCAGAAGGUAUCCGCUGCUUCUAAUAGCGGGUCUGUGUCCGAUACCCCUGCUCAAACCUCAGAUACAGAGGCCCUACAUUCUACACCUCCAACUUCUCCAGUUAGAGACACACCGCAGGAGAAAAUGGUUGACAAACCAGGUUUAAAGAAAUCAAGCUCGAACAUAGAGGCACUUUUGAAAGAGGAUAUGGAAACUACCAUUGAUGACCUGUUGGCUACUGCAGACGAGCUCCCGGUACCUCAACCAACUCAAGCUCAGCAACCUUUGAAAGAAAAGCCCCCCACCAUACCCACUGUUCCCAGCGUGGAUAAGCCUGGCCGACAGAUCCAAGUCCGGUUAUCCCGUGAAGUUAUUGCCCGGAACCAGCAGCACGACUCAGAUUCAGACCUCGAAGUAGUUACCUCUCCACAUAAGGCUCGCCGUUUAGCGCUCUUUGAAAAUGUUACCACCCAAGGCUCUCAUAAAAUAUCAAACUCGCUACGCACGUUAAAAGCAUUGGCACAAUUGCAAUCGAGCCGGAAACCACAACCUAUGACACAGGUUGAGCUUGAUGGAAUAUUACUCCGCAAGGCUAGAGAGCAGGCUGCACAACAAAGAGAGGAAAAAAUCGCUGCCCUCAGAGCUAAAGGUGUCGUUAUCCAAACCGCUGAGGAGCGCGUUCGUGGCGAGGAAGAGGUUGAGGAUUUGGUGGAGAAGGCUAGAGAAGAGGCUGAUCAGAUUGCAAAGCAAGAAAAGGCGGCUUCAAAACGCGCCACAAAGUCGAAUGAUGACGGCAUGCAGGAUAUAGACAGCGAUGAGGAGGAGGAAUAUGCUGACGACGUUGAAGCUAACUCUGAAGACGAAGAUUCAGAAGACUUAGGUGGAGACGACACAGACAUUGAUAAUGACGGAGAGGACGAAAUUGCCGAAGAGCAGAAUGGGCAACUAUUCGAUGAUCAGGUAGAAGGUACCGAGUUAGACGCUGGUGAUGACGAACAAGUUGAAGAACAGGACACUGCCAAACUGAGUCUCCGGCAGAAGAAUAGAUUGAAACUUGUUGUCAGUGACGAUGAGGACGAUAAUCCUGUCGACUCUCAUGUGCCCGCUACCCCUAAACCGCAAAUUCCCAAUCUCAGAUCACCAGUUACUCCGCUCCUAGGUUUAUCUCAGGCUUUUGCUGCAACUUUGGGGAAUAGCCAGGAGGACUCACAGGAGGACUCUCUGGCGCAGCUACGUAAGAUGCCUGGUAUAGAUCUUCCUGUGGCCGAGCUGUUUGAUUCAGCUUCGCAAGGCUUUAUGCGUGAAAAUCAAAGCCUGGAAAGAGGUACUCUUGAUAUAUUCGCAGGAUUCGCGGAGACAAAUACCCCUGCAGCUGAUUCUCCAAGUGUCAAAACCUUUACGGAGUAUUCGCAGAUCCCAGAUCCCACCCAGGAUAAGGGCUUUGUCAUGUCACCAUUUGACCAGCAGAAACGAUUCCGAACAGCCCCGUCUACCAUUGCUACCUCAGUGAUAGCUUCCAACGAAGCUGACUCUCAUAAGGAAAGAAAACGCCUUAGGCGAGGUCCGGUCCCCCAGGGCCCGGAUUCUGACAAUGAUAACGAACACCACCCCAAGAUUAAUGCUUUCAAAUUAAUGAAAAAGAAAGCUAAUAAACCGUUUGUAAAGGAUAAGAGUAAGGCAAAGGAAAUGGUUGAAGAAGCUGCGGAGGAAUCUGAUGAUGAAUAUGCCGGUCUUGGAGGUGCAAGUGACGAGGACUCCGGAUCGGAGGAUGAGUUUGAUAGGCAAAUGAUUAAUGAUAACAGUGGGGAGGUGGUGGAUGAGAAAGAGCUGGCAGCCAUGAACGCUCACCAUGAACGUGAGCGAGACGAAUUUCAGGUCAACAAACUCAUGAAAGACAUCACCACUGGGGCGCUACGCAGGAAACGUGUUGGCGAUGCGCUAGAACUAUCAGAUUCCGAUGAUGAGCGUAUUUCCCGGCGGCGAGCGGCUAAGAGAAGAGAAUUUAUGAAAAUGCGAAAGGCCCUACUUGCUGACGAGAAGAUCGGUAAAAUUGCGGAGGACCCAAAGAAAAAAGCUUUCAUGAGGACUAUCGAGGAUAUGGACAUCGAUAAUGACUCUGAUUUCCUGGAAGAAGGCGAAGAUACUGAAAAUUACGUUGCUUCCCAGGAGAGCAAUAACAAUAGCAAUGAAAACAGCCAGAAAUAUGGUGAUUCUGGUAACUCGGAGGCUAGGAAACGCCCAUUUGGUGUUGUUUCUGCUGAUUCAUUGACCGGACUACCUACUAAAUCCCGACGAUUGGCUCACAAAGCAAGCAUGAGGAAACCUCUAACACUUGCUGAGAUACGCGAAUCUGUAUCGUUCUUGAUCGACGGUCCUAAUACUGGUUCUUCGUUAGAAGCUCCCCUUUCAAGCAACAUACAAACACAUAAUACAUUGGCUCAAGGUGACCAUUCCGGUGGUAUUGAAGAAGCAGAUUUCGUUGAUAAUGACGGCAUCCCUCCGGCAGGUGACGGUAGCCAAACAGAUACAGCAAACAAUGAUAUUCAACCCCGUCGGCAAAGGGGUAAAGUCGUUGACCGGCUCGCACUCCGGCGUCAAGCAUCUUCUAAUGCAGCGUCGAGCGGCAAAGUUGCCUUCCACUCUGGAGCGAACAGCACUGGACCCGAAUUCAAGCUUCCUCCUUUCUUGCAAAGACGGUCCUCAUCCGGCUUGUCUAUUACGUCUACGAAAUCUUCUUCAACAUCGACAAGCUCCGGUUCUUCAGUAGUAGUUACGGGGUCUGCGGGAGUACAAGGUGGCAGAAAGGGCGCAGUGAAUUAUUACGCUGCUGCAAGGGAGAAAGAAAGAGAGCUACAGCUCAAGAAGGGUUUAAAGAGCUCUGGCUCUUCUAGUUUAGUUGCUCAACGAAUGAAGUUAGGGAGCGGCCUAAGCGGGCUGUUAAGUUCUAAGGUUAGGGAGUGGGAAUGA